GGAGGCCGACCCCGCCAAGGUGAAGGUGGAGGCCAUCGUCAUCUCGGACGAGGAGCUGGAGGAGAUGGAGGGGAUGUUCCAGAGGAGGGGGCGCGCAGAGGAGGAGGAGGAGGAGUACGUGGAGGGGCUGGGGGCGGGGGAGGAGGAGGAAGAGGUCCUGGCCAUGCACAUGGGUAACCCCCCCUUCCUGCCCUCCCACCACCUCCUGCAUGCCCACCUGCCCCACGCCCACGCCGAGGCCCUGACCUUCCACCCCGCCCUCGUCUCCCCUCCCUCCCCGACCUCGGGGCCCGGGGCCCCCGGCGGCCCCCCGUCCUUCCCCGGCCUGCUGGCGCCCCCCUCCUCCUCCUCCUCCUCCUCCUCCACCUCCCACCUGGCGCCCCUGCACGCGCCGCCGGACCAGAUCUACUUCCACGACUUCCAGGACCCCCUGGGCCCCUACGUGGAGGACGUGCCCACCUGCGCCACCUGCGGCAAGACCUUCUCCUGCGCCUACACGCUGCGGCGCCACGCCAUCGUGCACACGCGCGAGCGCCCCUACGAGUGCCGCUACUGCUAUCGCAGCUACACGCAGUCCGGCGACCUGUACCGCCACAUCCGCAAGGCGCACAACCAGGACCUGCCCCUGAAGCGCAGCCGGACGGACUCUGAGCCCCCCUCGCUGGGCUAGGGGGCGGGAGGGGGCGGGGCCGCCCCCCUGGAGCCCCGCCCCCUCCGCGGGACUCUUUUCCUAGGUGUCUUCUUCUGAUUGGUCGGUUUGGUUACCGUGAACAUCGUGGUGCUGUGGUGUAGCGGGAGGGGGGUGGGGGCUGUUGGAGGAGAGGAGAGGGACGGCGGGCUCUUCUAAAGAAGCGUUCGAUCGCGGCGCGGCUGUGCCCGGGAGCCCAGCGGGGAGAGAGGGAGGCCGC